AGAAGAACAAUAAACCUUCAAGAAAAAAGAAAGUUAUCUGUUCUUCUUCUUCAAUUCGGCGUUGAAAUGGGAAUUGAAACAGUUGAGAAUGACGUUAUUUUCCGGUCAAAACUACCGGACAUCUACAUCCCAAAUCAUCUUCCUCUGCAUUCCUACUGCCUACAAGAAAACGCCGCCAAAAUAGGCCACCGAACUUGCUUAAUCAACGGCGUUACCGGCGAAUCCUUCACCUUCAACGACGUCGAUCUCACUGCACGCAAGGUCGCCUCCGGAUUAAACAAACUCGGCAUUACAAAACGCGACGUAAUCAUGCUCCUCCUCCCAAAUUCACCGGAGUUCGUCUUCGCUUUCCUCGGGGCCUCCCACCUCGGCGCAAUCAUGACGGCCGCAAACCCUUUCUUCACGGCAGCAGAAAUCGCAAAGCAAGCAAAAGGAUCAAAAGCAAAACUAAUCAUAACGCAAUCGUUCUACUACGAAAAGUUGAAGGAAAUAACAGAGGAAUUGCCAGAGGUUAAAAUCAUGACCGUCGAUUCUCCUCACGAUGGUUGUUUAUGGUUCGGUGAUCUAAUUAAAGCCGACGAAAGAGAGAUUCCGAGGGUGGAAAUCGACCCAGAUGACGUGGUUGCGCUGCCGUAUUCGUCGGGAACGACGGGAUUGCCAAAGGGAGUGAUGCUUACACAUAAAAGUUUGGUUACGAGUGUGGCUCAGCAAGUGGAUGGGGAAAAUCCAAAUCUGUAUUAUGGAAAUGAGGAUGUGAUUCUGUGUGUUUUGCCGUUGUUUCAUAUUUAUUCUUUGAAUUCAGUUUUGCUGUGUGGAUUAAGAGCUGGAAGUACCAUUUUGAUUAUGCCCAAAUUUGAGAUCGGUUUGCUUUUGCAAUUGGUGGAGAAAUAUGGAGUUACCGUGGCGCCCAUCGUGCCGCCCAUCGUUCUGGCUAUUGCAAAGUCGCCGGAGCUAGAGAAGUAUGACCUUUCGUCGAUCAGAGUUAUUAAAUCCGGCGGUGCACCGCUUGGGAAGGAGCUUGAAGAUACCGUAAGAGCCAAGUUUCCUAAGGCUGUGCUUGGACAGGGAUACGGAAUGACGGAGGCGGGUCCAGUACUAACAAUGGGAUUAGCAUUUGCAAAGGAACCGUUUCCGAUGAAACCAGGCGCCUGCGGCACCGUCGUCAGAAACGCCGAGAUGAAGAUCGUCGACACCGAAACCGGCAGUUCCUUGCCUCGUAACACGCCGGGAGAGAUCUGCAUCAGAGGCGAUCAAAUCAUGAAAGGCUAUCUCAACAAUCCGGAGGCAACGGCGGCCACAAUCGACAAGGAUGGGUGGUUGCACACCGGGGAUAUCGGAUUCAUCGACGAAGAUGACGAGCUGUUCAUUGUGGAUCGGUUGAAGGAACUGAUUAAGUACAAGGGAUUUCAAGUGGCUCCGGCGGAACUGGAAGCUCUGUUGUUGACUCAUCCGGUCAUCUCUGAUGCCGCCGUUGUUCCAAUGAAAGAUGAACAAGCUGGAGAAGUUCCGGUCGCGUUCGUUGUGAAAUUGAAGAAUUCUGAAGCCACUGAAGAUGAAAUUAAACAAUUUAUUUCAAAACAGGUAGUUUUCUACAAAAAGAUAAACCGGGUGUUUUUCAUAGACGCAAUUCCCAAAUCGCCCUCGGGAAAGAUCUUGAGGAAGGAGUUGAGGGCAAAGUUGGCAGCUGCAUUUCCAAAUUCUAAUUAACUCUCUCUCUCUCUUCUUAAUUUCACAACACACACACACACACUCAAUGCUGCUAAUGAUGAUGUAAGUUCUUCUUCUUCUUCAUUUUUUUUUUAAAUUUUAAUUUUUAAUUUUCCCUCUUGUUGUUUACUUGUUCAUUUGGAAAACAAGAAAGUUGUAUUUUACAUUGGAAUUUGUUGUACUUGUAUGCAACUAUCUAAAGACCAAGCUCUAUAUAUACAUAAUAUAUAAAGAAGGUGACUUAUUUCGAGUUUCGACUCGUA